AUGCAGGGGCAUGGCCUGGGCCGCGCGCUGCGCGACGAAGGCCCUGUGCCCUAUGAUCGGCCAUACUCGCAAUUCGGUCACAGACCGGAGCCAGGGAUCGGGGAUUGGCAGGCCCGGCGGGAGGAAGGCCGGCUCGCGCGCUCGGGCACGGCGCUGUCGCGCACGACAGUGGGCCGGUCGCGCUCGCGCCGCUCCGGCGCCUUUGGGCGCGGCGCAGGCCUCACGGUCGGCACGCAGCCCGAGGAUGUGCUUGCGCGCGACGACAUCCACGAGCGCACUGAGGUGGCGGAGCGCGUGCUCUCGCCCGCGACGCUCAGAAAGAUCCAGGGCAUGGAGAAGCGCGAGGGCCGCGCGUUCGCGAAGAUGCUCAAGGCUGAGGGAAAGGAGCAGGCGCGCGCGGUCGAGGCCGCGCUCGUCGACCUCAAGCGCAUGGCGAAGAUGCAGAAGAGCGCGAUCGACCACGAGCGCAAGGCGCAGCGCAUCCUUGCCAAGUGGACGGGGCGGGAGCACCGCGCGCGCAUGCGCUUCCUUAGGGAGAAGGAGCGAUACGAGAAGGUCGAGGGCGAGCUGCGCAAUGCCGAGAACGACUACGAGGAGCGCCGCGACCAUGCCGCGGGGCUCACAGCGCAGAUCGCCGAGAAGACGCAGGAGCUCGACGACCUGCGUGCGCAGAAGGCUGCGGACGACCGCGAGCGCGAGGUCAAGCUCCUCGCGAUCAAGAAUCCGGGGCACGUGUGA